AUGCCCCGCAGAAUCCGCCCAAAUGCAUUUGCACAACUGUGGAUCCGUCUACCAGCUGUCAGAAGAGGGACGGCCCCUUCACCAAGUCGAUGGAGAGCAGUGGCACCUUACAGGCUCCGAUAUAAAACAGACGGGGACAGAGCGGAUGAUCACCAGCGAGAAAGCAUUUUGCGCAAAUUCCUCGAGACCGGCGCGACGACGCUAGCAGCCUUGCUUAUGCUUGGGCUGGGCGGAUAUGGGUACCAGGAGUACUAUAAGAAGCAAGUCCUGCGGAAGAUUGACCACGCGUUCGCGGGUGGGUUGUUUUCGUCGCUGGAAGAGGCUGCUCUGGCGCAGUAUGGGGAUGUUGAGCAUAUGUUUCACAUCGCAAGACCGGAACAGUCUUUGAUUGAUCAUAUCAUUAGCGGCAGCGCGAGGGGCAGCUACUUCCUGCUCUUCGGGGAGAAAGGGACGGGGAAGUCGUCUAUGUUGCUGGACUCGAUGCAGAAGGUUGAUGGUGAAGGCGUGGCCAUGUUCGAAGCACACAGUGACAACGAGGUUUUCCGUCUUCGUCUCGGAAAAGCGCUUGACUAUGAAUAUCAUGAGGAUUACAUCGGGGGCCUUUUCAGCAUGAAAGGACCGCGUGAUGGUGCGACACCAAUAUUAGAUAUCGAACGAGCCCUAAAUAAGUUCGAGAAAGUGGCCCUUCAGCGCCGAAAUGCUAGCCAUGGCCGUCGACCGCUAGUGCUAAUUAUCAGUAACAUCCAUCAUAUUCCAGAUGAUGUUGAUGGGCAGCGAUUGCUGAGCUUGUUGCAGCAACGCGCAGAGCUUUGGGCUGCUAGUGGGCUUGUUACGCUUGUUUUCACUAGUGAUGUGUAUCGCACAAUGGAGGCGCUGAGGUUGCAUGCUACGCGGAUGCAGUUGUUGAAUGUACAGGAUGUUCCACGGGAUGUUGCGGUUGAGGCUUUGAGGAAGUAUCGCGUGGAAACGCGCGGAGAAAGCAUAUCGAGUUCUCUACUGGAUGAGAUAUAUAGUCGAGUAGGAGGACGACUUAUAUUCUUAGAUCAGGUCGCGAGAUCGAAGAACAUGCUCGAGACCGCGCAGUCCAUUUGCCAAAAAGAGCAGCGUUGGCUCCUUUCCAAGUGCUGGAUUCUGGGUCAGGAUAUGGAUGAAAAAGCCGAAAGCCAGCAAGAAUACUCCGCCGCCGCAAUGACCUUGGCCCAAGCCCUAGUCGCCAUGGAAAACGACAACCCCACGCCCACCUCACCCCCCCGCAUUCCACUCCACAAAGCCCAAGAACUAAUGACGCGAGCCGAUUUUAUCCCAAGGCUCGAUCAACAAAACAUCAUCGCCAUCGAUGCCGAUGGCAUGGUCAGGGCCGACUCGAUGCCGAUGCAGAAUGCGUUUCGGGCGGUUUGUAGUGAACCCGGGUUUGACGCGCACUUGAAGGCUACCAAUGAGCGAUUGGAUGAGCUGGAGAGUUUGGGGCGGACAACGGAGUUGACGGUGAAGGAUCUGGUAGAUGGAGAGUAUGAGUUGUCGAGUAAACAUGGGGACGGGUUUGUAAUUCGGAGGAGGUAG